GGUUGGAAUUGGGAGAGUUGGGCUCACUCCUCAGUUGUGGGAGGGAGUGGGGGUUAGUAGUUAGAAUGGGGAUACUGGGAGUCUGAAGCCCUGAGUUCUCUUCUGGCUCAUGGCCACUGUGUCCAAGGAAAUGUGGAGGAGGGAGGGACGUAAGGGGGAUGAGAGGACAGACUAAGGCAACUGAAGUAAAGGGGAAGGACCUGGGUGACAUUUUAUCCACUUUCCCUGUAGUGCACAGAAGUACCUAACUGCUUUCCCUUGAAGCAUCAGUUACUAGCUGGCUUUGCUGGUGUGCUGGAGGAGGGUAGUAGCUGCAGGGAGAGGCUGGUCUAGUGGCUCCAUUCCAUGAGCCAGCCUUUGUUCUUGGCACUAGGCCAAGUGUCUGUUACAUAAAGAUCUGUGGAAGAACAUCUGUGUCUGCCCAGAUCAAUUAUGAAAGCAGCAAUUUACUGCACUAGGAAGGGCUUUGUGGGUCGGAGGGACAACCCAGACCUGGCUGCUUCUCCUCCCAGAGGCCUAGUGCACAGUGUUGGUCCCGGGCAGGCUUUGUGUAGGCCACGGCAGCUGGGACGCCUCCGGGGCAGAGGGCAAUGCUUACGUUGGCACAUUGGGCCCCAGGGAGGGCUGUGGUCUCUGGAAGUGGCUGUGUGCUCAGGACAUCUCUCUCCCCACAGCAUCCAAGAUAUUGCCAUCCUCUUCAACAUCAUCAUCAUCUUCCUCAUGUUUUUCAACACCUUCGUCUUCCAGGCUGGCCUGGUCAACCUCCUCUUCCACAAGUUCAAAGGAACUAUUAUCCUGUCAGCGGCUUACCUGGCUCUGAGCAUCGCCUUCCAUGUUUGGGUCAUGAACCUGCGCUGGAAAAACUCCACCCGCUUUGUGUGGACAGAUGGGCUGCAGGCCCUCUUUGUGUUCCAGCGGCUGGCGGCCGUGCUGUACUGCUACUUCUACAAGAGGACGGCCUUGCACCUGGGUGACCCCCGCUUCUACCAGGACUCCCUAUGGCUGCGCAAGGAGUUUGCUCACAUCCGCAGCUGAUGGCUUCCCCUCGGACCCAGAGCCAUGGCCGGUCCGUGGCUGCUCCCUGUUGGCUGGCACAAAGCCCCCUUUCCUCUUUAUCCAGAACAGUCCACCCCCAGCCCUACACACAGCUUGCUUGCCGGCUGACCAAUGGGGUCCUGUUGGUAUCAACCCCUUUCAGCUCUGCUUUGCAUAUCUGGUGGGAUGAGGUGCCAGGACUCAGCCUGCCCUAGCUGUACCUGUGGGAACUCUAUCCUGGUGGUAGAACUUCCUUUUGUACCUGCGUAUUUUUAUAAGUUAUGAGACAGUAAAUUGGCUCCCUUUUCCAGAAA